AUGUCAUUCACUUUACCAAAGAGACCAAAGCGAUUGAGACAGCGAGAACUUGAAGAAGAAGAGGCAGAGAAGGCGGCCAAACAAACGCAAGUCAGUGACACUGCUAUUCAAGAAAUCCUGGAUAGAAAAAAGCGGCGUCGAGAGAUGGACAAAGAGCUGGAGAGAAUGCGCGCAUCGUUGAAACAGGACAUGCUUGAUACAGCCUCAGACGACAUUAGAACACUAGACGAUGGCAACAAAGACUCAAGAUCAAACAAGGACGAUGAUGACAUAAUGUUUUACAUAACAAAUGAGGUUCACAAAUCAAAUUUCGAUGAUGGCUUUAUGCUGGAUAAAUCGAAUGACUCAGAUGAUGAAAAUGGGGCAGAGGCUCUGAGAGAAGCAGCCAAAAUAUUUCUGGGCGAAGAAGCUCAAGAGAAUAUCAAUCUAGCCAUCAAUGAGGCAAACAAUACCGAGGUCGUUGAGGCAACUGAGCUUUGGCAUCAAUCCUUUUUUAAGCCUGGAAGCAAGAAUAUUAGACAGCCUAGAUUGAUAUCACGAGAGGAGGGCAUUGGUGAGAAAGAAAUGCUGCUGUCUGAAAUGUCUGCAACUGCCAGUGGAAGGGCUUUCUUGCUACAAUGGGGCUCAAUGAAGGAUUGGCACAGCAGCGGUUGGAAGUGUCCCAGUUACGUAUACCAGUGGUUGUUUGAAGUGGUGGCAUUGGAGUUAGACAAAAAUACUGCAAGAAACGCACUUUCAACAUUGUUUGCUCUUUGGUCUCUGCCGGGCAGCAAAGUAGAGACACAGUUACCCUACAUUUGUAAACAACGUUACAUUCAAAUCUCGACGUUCAAAUCAAUCCUAUUAGCCUAUAACGCUCUUCCAGCUGCAUUGAUUGAGGGUGUCUUAUCGGACCCAGACAGUCAAGACACAAAGAUUCAUGCAAAGAUUGCCGAAAACUAUGAUGGAGAGCAAGCUCGCCAUUUGCCAGUAUCGCAAUUGGGAUGGAUGGUAAAGGCAUUGGGAUUCUCAGUGCGUUUGUGGUCGAAAGCAUACACAACAUACGAGAUCAGAUAUGCAGUUCGACUUUUGGUGCAAUUGUCGUUGGACGAAACUGGCCAUCUAGUGUUACAAGAAAUUCAAAUUGCUAUUGACAAUUGUUUAGCAGGCAUGAAAGGAGCGACAUGGGAGACUGAAUUAAAGGCCAUAGCAAAUGAUAUAUGCGAUAUGGUCCCUUCAACAAAACGACAAGUGCAUACUCUCGACUGUGUCAGGAUGGUUAACCCCAGAUCUCACUAUUUCAGACGUAUCGUUGCAGUUACUUGUUUGGAACGAAGCCUGGAACAAGAGGUGCCAGGAAGUGUGGACUACAUUUCAACGGAUCAAAGUCUGAUACGUCAAAUUCACCAGAUUUUUAUGAACAAGGAUGGAUUUUUCAUGAAAAGAGAUAAUAUGGACUUUGAAGAAUGCUUUGUCAGACUGUCCAUGCUGGAUGCUGCCAUUAGUGUGGAUGAUGAUGAGAUCAGAAGAGACUCGCAACCUGUGCUGGAAAUAGCAGAUGAACUCCACAAAAUAGGGUUAUCAAUUGGUGCUCACAUUGGUGUCAUGAAGAAGACUCUAGCCAAGGAGAUCAUUCAACGAGUGUGCAGCAGAUUAACGUUCCUCAUUAAUAAGAAUGUCCGAGUGGCAUUCUAA